AAAGUUUAUCUAUGUAUUCAGGUGUUUUGUCUAAAUUAUUUAUUUUCAAAAGUAAACAAUCAUGUAUAACGACGAUGGGUCAGAUAAAGAGAGUGAGUACGAAGAAAGGAGUCCAGAGGACACCCCAAAUGUUACCAAAAAAUCUUUGUCGACGGUAGGAUUCAGAAAUAAUCCAGAGAACCAAAACGCUAGACCACUGGCGAUUCGGGCGACGCAAUCGUUCACGGGAGCGGUUGAAGAGCUUAGACUGUGUGGAAAUUUUCAACGAAUAAAUUUAUGCAAUCGAAUGAACAUUUCCACGCCGAAGAUAGCUACGAUAUGCCCUUGUGGGUGUCUCCUUCGUCCAGCCACCACAGGCCCGUUUAGAACAAGAGAGAAAAAGACGUUAGCUCUACACGUCGUAUCCCCAGAGGUGUUAACUCACCAUGGCUAUAACUUCGAGCCCUGCCAAAUAGCUAUGUUUUGGAAAAAAGAUUGCAGAAUGUUUCUUUGGAAAGGAAAAUCCAAACUGAAGAAUGUCGUCCAUGCUGAUUCUCAUAAAAACUAAUUUUACAAUUUACAUUUCAAAUUUUUAUACUAACAUUUGUAAAUAUCAACUCUUGAUUGAGAACAAAAAAGUUAUAUAUUUAAAUGUGAAAUAAAUACAAAUUGU